AUUCACACAGCUCUCUGUAUACUGACUGAAGCAGCAUCACACACAGACGAACAGAAGGAGAGAUAAACGGGAGAGAAGAGCAGGUGUUGAGCUCUGUGACGCACAUACGGUCAGCGCGUCACGGCAGGUGUGACAGACACUCAACGACGCUCUGCAUGAACGCAGCGAGAUCUGACCGCACAGACACACACUGAGGUAAACAUGCGUUCCCGUAGCAACAGUCUGGAGGAGGGCGGGAAGGUGAAAAUGGGAAGAUCGUGGCGGCAAGCGUGUGAGUGUGAGGAGGCGUGUCGCGGGACGAGAUGCACUCAUAAAGACACUGACACCGUUCAGAGAAACCACACGAGUGGCAAACACCGAACACAGAGAGACAGAACUUCCACAUCAGCUGCAAAGACUCGAGAUCUGUCACGAGACGACCUGCUGUUUCUCCUCAGCAUGCUGGAAGGAGAACUACAGGCGAGAGACGAGGUCAUCACCGUCCUGAGAGCAGAUAAAAUCGAUCUGGCUCUUCUGGAGGCCAAAUACGGGUUUGUGACGCCUCCGAAGGUUUUGAAGGCUCUGCAGAGAGACGCGAUACAGGGCGAAAACUGCAACUGGCAGGACGACAUCUAUGAGAAACCCAUGACGGAGUUGGACAGGCUGGUGGAACAGCAGCGAGAGACGUACAGACGGAUGUUGGAGCAGCUGCUGAUGGUGGAACAGUCUCACAGACAGACACUCAUCAGACUGCAGGACGAGAAGAGGAACCACAGCGACUUCAUGAGGAAGAGUGACGAGUUCACCGGCCUCCUGGAGCAGGAGAGAGAGAGACUGAAACUGCUCAUCGAACAAGAAAAGGCAUACCAGGAGAUAAAGGAAGAAGAGAACUGUAAAACAGUCAGAAAUCUGAAGGACGAGUUAACCAAGCUGAAAUCCUUCGCCCUGCUGGUUGUGGAUGAACAGCAGCGUCUCACAGAGCAGCUGAACCAACAGACCACACGAGCCCAGGAGCUCCAGAACACUGUCACUCAAAACCAAGAGGAGCUGAGCUCCGCCCACACCCACCUGCAAGAGGAGAAGAGCAAAGUUCUGCGUCUGGAGGAGGAGUUACGCAACCAAACCUGUUAUUUCCACCAAGAGCAGGACGCCAUGACAGCCAAACUGACCAGUGAAGAUGCUCAAAACAGGCAGCUGAGACAGAAACUCUCUGCGCUCAGCCGACAGUUAGAUGAGCUGGAAGAAACCACCAAGACCCUGCACAGAGCCGAGGAGGAACUGCUGGAGUUACGUGAUAAAAUCAGCCGUGGGGAGUGUGGAAACUCCAGUCUGGUGUCAGAAGUGGAGGAGUUGAGGAAACGAGUGCUGGAAAUGGAGGGGAAGGAUGAGGAGCUGAUCAAGAUGGAGGACAUUUGCAGGGAGCUGAACAGGAAGCUGGACAAAGAGUCGAUUCAGAACCGCAGCUUAAAAGCAGAAGUGGAAAAACUGAAUCACAGAAUCCUGGAGUUGGAGAAACUUGAGGAUGCAUUCGGGAAGAGCAAACAAGAGUCCAGCUCACUGAAGAGCAACCUGGAGAAAGAGCGGACCAUGACCAAACACAUGUCCAAUGAACUAGAUGUGCUCAGAGUCCGGAUUAAAGAGCUUGAAGUGGCUGAAGUUCAUUUGGAGAAAACAGAGCUGACACUGAAAGAAGAUCUGAAAAAGCUGAAAACUCUGACUGUCAUGCUCGUGGACGAAAGGAAAGCUAUGGCAGAAAAACUGAAGCUGAUGGAGGACAAGGUACAAAACAGCUCUGGCAAACUGCAAGCAGAACAAGACAAGGUCAACACUGUCACUGAAAAGCUGAUUGAAGAAAGCAAGAAAGCUUUAAGAUCGAAGGCUGAACUUGAGGAGAAGAUGUGUACAGCCACUAGAGAGAGGGAUGAGCUCAAAGCAAAGCUGAAAACAGAAGAAGAGAAAAACAGUGACCUUCAGUCCAAAGUUAGCAUGAUGAAGAAGAGACUUCAGUCGCUUGAGGCUGUUGAGAGGGAAUUCUUGAGGAACAAGUCCAAAGAGGAGCACAUCAAGUCUCCAGUUCCUUACCGCUACCAACAGGAAGACAACAGAGUGAACGAUUUGACCCAGGAAGUGGAGCGCCUCAGGAGGAAGCUGAAGGACAUGAAGAUGGUGGAGGGUGAUCUUCUGAAGACGGAGGACGAGUUUGAAUCACUGGAAAAGAGAUAUUCCAAUGAGCAGGAACGGGCGAAAGCUCUCAUGGAGGAAUUGGAGAUGUCCAGGAAGGAACUGUCCAAGUACCAGCUGGCUGAGAAAGAAGAAUCCAACCAAGAGCACAUCCUGUACAAGCGUAUGAAAGAGGAAGAGGCCAAAUCCAGUCAUCUGACCCGAGAGGUAGAAGCCCUGAAAGAGAAGAUCCAUGAGUAUAUGGGCACAGAGGAGUCCAUCUGCCGCAUGAAAACUGACCACUCGACCCUACAGAGAAAACUCACCCUGCAAGAAGUGCGCAACAAAGAGUUGGCCAGAGAAAUGGAGACCCUCACUCAAGAGCUGGAGAGAUACCGGCGUUUCAGUAAAAGCCUUCGGCCAGACAUGAAUGGAAGACGUUUCUCAGAUCUUCAGGUCUCCACAAAGGAGGUGCAGACAGACCCAACAGACAAUCUGCCCCCAAACUACAAGAGUCUUCCACCAUUGGAACGUGCCCUGGUCAAUGGAAAGUUGUACGUGGAUAGCGAUUCAGAGGACGAAGCCAAUUACAAUGAGAUAAACCUCACAAAAUGCAGUCCGUCUCUCAUUAACAAUCUCAACAACAAUAUGAAACGAGUUAGAGGGCCUUUCCUAAGAGCUAGAGACACUAAUCACCCAAUGAACGCCAAGAAUCAAGCAAGACAGAACGGCAAUCGUGUCCAGCAAGGGGACGUGGUCCUUACGCACAGUCCAGGACAACCUAUCCAUAUCAAAGUGUCCCCUGACCAUGGACACAAUACAGCCACUCUCGAGAUCACUAGUCCCACCACAGAGAAUGCCCAGUCCUACACAAGCACAGCGGUCAUCCCGACAAGCGGUGCCCCUCCGAAACAGCGAAUCACAAUCCUGCAGAAUUCAAUCUCGCCUUCAAGCAAGACCAAGAGUUCUCCUCCUCCAGAGAGUCCCCAGAGCCAGGGCACACCCAAUCGCUCCAUGUCACCACUCACCCGAACGCUCACUUCUGACUCCUGUGGGUCAGUCAGCCCGGACCGAGCCUUGUCGCCCAUUCAGAUCGUGUCUGUGACCACUGGAACCCCUGACAGAGUCGAGCCGGUGGAGCUUGUUGGAGGUCACACUGUGUUCCGUGUGAGCCCCGAAAGACAGAACAGCUGGCAGCUGCAGAGGUCCAACAGUUCAGGUCCAAACGUCAUCACAACUGACGACAACAAAAUCCACAUUCACUUAGGGAGUCCCUACAUUCAAGCCGUGAAUACCGGAGACAAAACCAUCACCCCCUAUUACUCCCUUGGGCCAGAGCAAAGGACUCCAGUACUAACCAAUGGCACUACUGCCAAAAUCACAAGCAGUAUCAUGAUCAAACCCACAGCCACUCCAAUGUCACGACCCGCACAAAUUACAACUCCUCUGGAAUCAUUCCGGCGCUCUGGACCCACCAGAAUUCCCAAACCCAAAUCCAAAGGAUCAAGCAGUGCCGUCCAAACCCCACUGAACUCUGGGAAAUGUGUGUCCAACAAUCUGAACAUGAUGAACCGUCCCACUCAAUCAUGAACAGUGACAUCACUGUACGUUUGUUUAUUGUGCUGUUAUGAGAUUUAUUAUAGUUAUAUUCACAGAACACUGUAAUAAACCUCCAUUACAAUCAUGUAGGAUUGUUUGUUUAGACAAAGCUUCUUUAUUGCCCAUAAUUGUGUUAUUACAUAGUAAUAUGCUAUUUUGAUUCCCUAUAACUCAUCAAUGUGAUUCAGCUGAUAUGAGAGCGAUGAUGCACUUGAUGUAUGAGAUCUGGAUAUUAAUAAAAUGACUGUUUUUAUAUCUUGCAUAUCAGAUUAAAAACAUAUUUGGGAUCA